UGGGUUCGCAGUCAACAUGCAGAGCUUUCUACGAGUUGCAAUAACUCUGGCUCUUUUGAGCUUGGUCGCCGGCCAGGCGACGAACAUUUCCCAAUCCAUGGACAACUAUAUUCUCCAAAAUCAGCGGCAAUACGAUGCAAAGAUCAGGCAAAUGGAUGAUGAGUUGGCCAACUUUAGGACCUUGUUUGCAAAGCGUAUUGAGGCUGUAAAUCUCCAGGCGGAUUUGGUGCAGCUGAAAUUGGAGGAGGCCACAGCUCGACUGGAUCCCAUCACCCUCAUCAAUUCCUGGAGCAAACAGUGUGUUCAAAAUUAUAGCGCCACCAUUCCAACUGUUAUAGUUGCCCGAGCCUCGAUUACAAAGUGUGCUGAGAGCAUUAGUGGUGUUCUAAAUUCCCCUGAAAGCACCUACAACACCUUAAAUAAUUACUAUAAAAAUAACUUGAAGAAUAGCUUGGCUCAGUGUUUAAAGCAGCAUCCUAAAUCCCUGUUUAAUUACACUCUUUGUGUAACCAAAGUGAUUGGUGAGGCCAAUAAGUACACAAUAUCCAGUCAGAAUAACUUCAACACCUACCUGAAAAAUUCCGAGUGUACCGCUGAAUCUCGGAUCCGAAGCUCCUGGCAGUGCUCCUUUGGACAGGUGUACUCCAUCUCCGCCACCGUGGAAGUUGCCCUAAAUCUCGUUGAUCUCUGCAUUACCAAGCGGGAGGUGUGCGGAUCCAUUGUUAACUCAUGUGGAGAACCCGCGUGCCCACAUGUCACGACUUUACCUUUGGCAAGCAUCAAUCCAAACAGAGAAACUGUUCCGAACCCUUUUACUAUUGUAACCAAUAGUACAAGUUGUCUGGAGUUCAGGUUCACUCGUUAAAUCCAAUAAUUUUGUAAUUUAUUUAUGGUAAAGCAUUCGAGUGCUGAAAUAGGUAAUUUUGCAUUUCAAACUUACUUUAAUAGUAAGCAUUUUCUAGUCUUUUAAGUAGAAUCACUUUUUAAAAUGAAGUAGCUAAUGAUUUUUUUUAAUCAAGAUUAUCAAUUAUUUUUAAAUAAAGCAACAGGAGAAAAAAUUAAAAACAAUAUGAUUUUUAGUUAUUUAUUUAGCACAUAAGCGUGCCAAAAAAGCCAGCUGAGAAAAUAAUGAAAAUUUGUAUGCCACAAUUGUUAUGGAGAAGUAUAAAAAGAAUUUCAGUCACCACCUGUUUCAUUCAA